AUGACGACUGUCCCCUCUCUAAACAAUUUGUGGGACCAGCUGUUUGUAAAGCAGAAUAACAUGAAAGUGCCGGAACGCGAAGUUCUGACCAAGGACAGUGUGUAUUUUAGGAGGAGGCCGGAUCCAGAAGUGUUGGAGCACACGUUGGUCGAACUCGACACGAGCCUGAGGAACUAUUUCCUUCUUUACAACAGAGAAAGAGAAUUCAGGAAGAAAUCCGAGGAAAAUUGCUAUAGAUUAGAACAGGAGCUUCUGAAUUAUAAACAAAAGCUGGAAGAGUCAAACAACAGAUUUCAUUGCUUAGAAAGGAAACUAAAGUCGAUGGUAGACCAACCCCUUAAAUUGAAGGAAACACUAGAUAGAAUUGACCUUUUAUAUAACCAGAUGGAUACACUUAUACAAGCCUUUGUAGGAAUUGGCAGUUGCGCGGUUAUUCAGGGAUACAGUCGUGUCGCCUUUAUUAAGCUAUGCUUAGAGUAUCUUUUCCCUUGUAGGGAGCUGGAUGUCAGACUCAAUACUCUCUACAAUGCACUUUACGGUGUUGUCACUCAAUAUGACGGUAUUGAACUAACGAUGAACGAGGUGAUGAAGCCAAUGACAAACACCGUUCCUGAAAAGGCGACUUUAACAGGAUUAUCAGUGAAGGUUCAUAGGCUAAUGCUGAUGUGUGAUUUACCCAGCACCGACAUCAAAACUUUUAGCGUAUUCUUCAGGUACGAUAACGAAGAUAAGGCCCUUUGGGAUAAUGAGAAAUCCAGAUGCGCCACCUUACAGGUCAAACCCAUGGAUAACGCUUCCAAGGUUUACGAGUUCAACUACUUGUUGGAGAACCCUAAACUUCCUCCAAAGGUGCCAAAUGUGGUUCCAAAGCUAGUAUUGGAUGUGUACGCUGAUAACUUCUUCGUUGGGAGUGCUGAAGUCGGCUUGAUUUCAGAUAAAACUCUAAAGCCUUACGAGCUUUGGAAGGUGCUGGACUCCAACGGGGUGAGCUGCGGAGACUUGGUCGUAACUGUCCUUCCAAUGCCUAACAACGCUAAGCUUCCCGCUGUAAAUUUUGCAUCAAAACCCGAUGAAUUGACAAGGGCUGAAAGUAUGCCUUUCUCAAAUGCUGUGCCCAAUACCAGUGGUACAGGUUUUGAUAAGGUUGUUGAACCUUUGAAAAAGGUACCUACUAAAGUUGAGACUGAGGUAAAUGUCCAAGAAACAACGAAUUUGGAAGAACCUAGCAACAAGGGUAAGUCGUUUGAGCCAAAGAGUAAUCGUACAAUUAGGAAGCCCCUCUUCAAUCCUAAAACUUCGUCCAUUUCAAAAGGGCUAAACACUAAUUUAACAAAAGUUCAACAAAAAACACAAGCUACCGAUAAGGAGGAAGAAUCUAAGCCAGAAGAAACUCGUAAGAAAGAGAAUAAACCCAGCAACGUUUCAAAGCUGAGUUUACUGUUUUCUGGAAAGAAGCAGCUUUCUCUCAAUCAUGACGAUUCAAAAACCGAGUCUAAUGACGCCUCUAAUUCCAAUGACUUAAAUGUAGAUGGUGCAAAACCAGAUACAGUUGAAAAUGAUGAAAAUGUUGUUAGGACCGGAAGCUCUGAAAAGGUUGAUAAAAAGGAGAAGCCUUCAUUUAAGGAACUAAUUGUAAAAAAGCUCAGCACAAGAAUUUUAUCAAAGGACUCAAUGACUGAAAAGAGUCAUCAAAAUUUUGCCCAGUUAGAACGCAAAAAAUCCGGUUUGAUCAAACUAAAUUCUUAUGAAACAUCUCCAACAGUUGAGUUGGAAAAGGACCAGAAACAGGAUGAUAACAAAGGUUCUGUUGAAAACUCUAAAGAAACUUUAUUGAAUGAAAAAGUUGAUGCCCCGAUGAAUAACCUACCCAAACAAGCCACCACCAGUUUUGAUCCAAAACCUAGUGAUUCAGACUUGUUAGCAAAGCCUCCAGUAACACCUCCUCCUACCAAGCUUGUUCCUAAAGUUCAGCCAGUAAGUGUUCCAGAAAUGAAUGAAAAACUGCCAGAAAAACCACUUGUGCCCUUAGUUAUUGCCCCCAAGUUACUAAAGAAGCCGUUCCCACCCAAAAAACUUUAA